CUGUGGUUGUAAUAAAUGUAUUCUUUUUCAGAUCCUUGUUGGGCAUCCAUAAACAGGGGAAUUCUGAUUUGCGAUGAGUGCUGCAGCGUUCACCGGAGUUUGGGGCGUCAUAUCUCUCAAGUGAGACAUCUCAAGCACACACCAUGGCCUCCAACACUGCUGCAGAUGGUUGAAACACUGUAUAAUAAUGGUGCUAACUCCAUAUGGGAACAUUCGUUGCUGGACCCUGCUUCUGUUAUGAGUGGAAGGCGCAAAGCUAACCCUCAGGAUAAAGUGCAUCCCAAUAAAGCUGAAUUCAUUAGAGCAAAAUAUCAAAUGUUAGCAUUUGUUCAUCGCUUGCCGUGCCGUGAGGAUGACAGUGUAACUGCCAAAGAUCUCAGUAAGCAACUCCAUUCCAGCGUGAGGACGGGGAACCUGGAGACGUGUUUGCGAUUGCUCUCCUUGGGAGCCCAAGCCAACUUCUUUCAUCCUGAGAAAGGAAACACCCCGCUCCACGUUGCUGCUAAGGCAGGACAGACCUUACAAGCAGAGUUAUUAGCAGUGUAUGGUGCUGAUCCUGGCACACAAGAUUCCAAUGGAAAAACUCCAGUUGACUAUGCAAGACAAGGUGGGCACCAUGAGCUGGCAGAGCGCCUGGUAGAAAUUCAGUAUGAACUCACUGACAGGUUAGCUUUCUAUCUCUGUGGCAGGAAACCAGAUCAUAAAAAUGGACAGCACUUUGUUAUACCUCAGAUGGCGGAUAGCAGUCUGGAUUUAUCAGAACUUGCAAAAGCAGCUAAGAAGAAGCUUCAGUCUCUAAGCAACCACUUAUUUGAAGAACUUGCCAUGGAUGUGUAUGAUGAAGUUGACAGGAGGGAAACAGAUGCAGUUUGGCUUGCUACUCAGAAUCAUAGUACUCUUGUGACAGAGACCACAGUGGUCCCUUUUCUUCCUGUAAAUCCUGAAUAUUCCUCAACCAGAAAUCAGGGAAGGCAGAAACUGGCUCGGUUUAAUGCUCAUGAGUUUGCUACGCUAGUUAUAGAUAUUUUAAGUGAUGCCAAACGAAGACAACAGGGGAAUCCUCUCUCUGGUUCAAAAGAAAAUGUGGAACUGAUACUCAAAUCAAUCAGCAAUCAACAUAGCAGUGAGAGUCAGGAUAAUGACCAGCCUGAUUAUGACAGUGUUGCUUCAGAUGAAGAUACUGAUCUGGAAACAAAUGCAGCUAAAUCAACAAGGCAGAAGAGCCUGGAUUCAGACUUGUCAGAUGGACCAGUGACAGCCCAAGAGUAUCUGCAAGUUAAAAACGCACUGGUGGCUUCUGAGGUUAAGAUUCAGCAGCUAAUGAAAGUGAACAUCAACUUGAGUGAUGAGCUGAGGAUCAUGCAGAAAAAGCUUCAAACGCUACAGAGUGAAAAUACCAACCUCAGAAGACAGGCCACAACAAAUAUAUAUCAGGUCCAAACUGGUUCUGAAUACACAGACCCUACCAACAAUUCUUCCUUAAAGCGACGACCGUCUGCACGGGGUAGCAGGCCCAUGUCCAUGUAUGAGACUGGAUCAGGUCAGAAACCCUACCUCCCCAUGGGAGAGGUCACAUACCCAGAGGAAAGCAUAACGAGAUUGCAGCCUUUCCCUCCACACAUCGGGAGGAGUGCGUUUGUGACCUCCUCUUCAUCUCUACCUUCCUUCCCCUCCACGCUUUCCUGGUCAAGGGAUGAAAGCACACGAAGGGCCUCGAAGCUGGAAAAGCAGAGCAGCGUGCCUGAGAGCGACUAUGAUAACACCGCUGCCCCUCUGGAGCUGGAGGAGACGGGUUCGGGCAGGAAGGGAAGGCAGAGGAGUGUCGUUUGGCAGGGAGAGGGGUCCAUCCCUGAGGACACCGACACAGCCCCCAGCUCCAGUUUGCCCAGUACAGAAGAUGUGAUUCGGAAGACUGAGCAGAUCACUAAGAAUAUUCAGGAACUGCUGCGUGCAGCACAGGAGAACAAGCACGACAGCUAUAUACCGUGCUCUGAGAGAAUACACGUGGCAGUGACAGAAAUGGCAGCCUUGUUCCCAAAAAAACCCAAAUCUGAACUGGUAAGGACUUCUUUGCGCCUGCUGACAUCUAGUGCCUACAGACUCCAAUCCGAGUGCAAAAAAACCCUUCCUGUGGAGACGUGUCCCACGACAGACAUCCAGCUGGUCACACAGCAGGUCAUCCAGUGCGCCUACGACAUCGCCAAGGCUGCUAAGCAGCUGGUUACCAUCACAACCAAAGAGAACAACAACUGAGUCACACUUGGCUUUUUCGCUUUUUUUUUUAAAGGUUGAAUUUCAAAUAUAGGUGUGGAACUGUUCGGAUUUUUAUGAGGAAAAACUAAAGGGGCAAGAAACCUCU